UAUACCACCAGUUUUAAUAAUACUCUAUAACAAAUAAGGCACCUAUGGGUAAUAAGCUAAACUAAGAAAGUAAAUUCAAUUUAAUCAGUUAUUUUUAUUUAAAUUUGUUUUACAUCAGAAUUGACAUGCCACAAUAGUUGUCAACCGAGAAAUGGCAUUCGAAAGUACGAAAAACCCCCAAAAAUCGUUCAGAACCAGCGUGUUUCGUGGUCCCCGCCAAAAGCCACCCAGUUUAGUAGGGGUGAAGGCGAAAAAACCACCUGUCAUCAUCCUUAUUGACGAUGACGGAAUCGAUCGCACGCCGAAAGAACUGGACCCGUACGUCUACGAGUUUACGAAAGAGAGACAGAUCCAUGCGAUCAGUGCGACCGAGUUUGCCGAAGCGGGACAACUAGGAUCGAAAACUACGGCUUUGGACAAACAGAAAGCGGAUGCGAAGGGGGAGGGUUCAACGAUCAAGAAGAGUAUGUCGCAGUUUGCACUAAACGAAUCGUUUGUCUCUAGCCCAGAUGACAUGAUCAUGGCCCAGCAGAACGACUUGGAAACGUUUCUCAACGAGGAUCGGAGAAGAGUACAGAAAUACGAGAAACCUCCCUCGGAAAUUUAUUUGAAAUUGUACGAAACUGAAACUAUAACUUUGUUGGAUAUAAAAAGUGUUCAAGAGAUAAAGGAUUCGCAGGAAGGCGAUUUGGUUAUGGAGGAUAAUGAACAGUACGAGUUUUUAACGGUUGGGAAGGGCAAACACAGAAGAAUGAUUCACGCGGGCGUUCAAACACUUCCGAUUGUCACUAAAAUGAGAAACAACGAUUGUCCCCGAAUCAAAAUGAUUAACAGCGGCGUUUACACAUCCAACUGGGAAAUGUACGACUCUCUUCAUGCAACAAAAGACAUAAUGAACGACAAGGAGGAAGAAAAUGAAGAGGUACUCACGUCUGGAAACAGUGGAAACGUGGACAUAUAUAAAAUGUCGAAGGAAGAACGGGACUUAUUGAAAAUUAUUAGGAGUGAAAGAUUUCAGCAAGCUUUGUGUAUAAUAGAACGUUUACUGGCUAAUAAUUGCUACAAUGAGCAACAAAAAAUUUUCAAGGAUGUUUCAGAAAAAGACACUUAUAUUGAGGACACAACCAAAUACCAAUACAACUUGGAGUUACUCUGGACGUUUGCAAGUGAUAGCGAAAAAGAUAAUCCUGUGGUGGACUUUGAAUGGAAUCCUGAAAACAAAGACAUACUCGCAGUUGGUCAUGGUAAAUUUUACAUCAUGGAUCAGGUUCCCGGAGUCAUAAAUAUAUGGAACAUAAAAAAUCCAGUGGCACCAGAGCGACAUUACAUGUUGGAUUAUCCAGUAACCGCUCUAAGUUUUUCGCGGAAAGACUCCAACAUCCUAGGAGUGAGUUUGUACAAUGGCAGGGUGUUGUUAAUAGAUGUAAGUAGUCGCGAAUUGUUGGUGAAGGCAGAGAGUGCACUUAUAGAUUACUACACGAUGGAUAUUCCUAGACAGAUCCUAUUCAUACCGCCAAAGAGUGUUGAUAGUUCUCUACCUGACGAGUUUUUUGUCAGCUACGAGACUGGACGGGUUCUUUUGUUCUCGACAACCAGUACCAGAUAUUUGAAGCACCAGAUGAUAAUGAGGACGCCGAAAGUCAAAGGCAAAACUAAAGGUAUUCAUACUUUAAGAUCUUGUUCCAAAGUUUCCGCUCCUUUGUCCAGAUUCGCUGGAGCGAAUGUUCUCGAACAACACCCACACGAUCCAACUAUAUAUUACGUCGGUACCACCGAUGGGGCCAUCCACACUUGCUCCAGAAAUUAUCUGAACCAGCACAUUGACGUGUUUCAAGCACACGACGGACCGAUCACCACUUUCAGCAUACAUCCCUUUUGUAGCUCGAUCUUAAUUACAACCGGUUCUGAUUUCAAUUCGAGAAUUUGGUUGGAGGGAAUUCCCGAUCCAGUGUUCGAAGCAAGUUAUUCUCUGUCUGUGCCUGUUGACAUGUCAUUUUCACCCAGUCAUCCAACAAUUUUCGUCAUAGUUAGAAAAAAUUGUACGUACAUUUGGGACUUUCAACGAAAAGCUUUGAAGCCGCAGUCGGUUACAAUGACGCCAACCAAAGCUGUAUGUACAAAGGUUCGUUUCAGGGAAAAUGGCAAAUGUUUAAUGGUCAGCGAUAGAAGUGGGGCCGUGCACGUGUACAAUCUGCAAAAUAUACCCUUUCCACCAUUCUUUCCAGAAAAUCUUUUGCUAGUUACCUUUAAGAAACACUUAUUUAACAAACCACAGUCUAUUAUAAAACUGAAGAAUGUGUUAGGCAGAGGAUUCGAUUGGGAAAGGUUGCACGAAUUGAAUAUAGCCGAAAAACCUAAGAACAAGGACCUCAGAGAAACGAAUGAAGAAGACAAUGAAUAUAAAUGCAAAUUUUUUUUAUCGAAAUAAUAAUUUCACAUUAUUUUACAUAUUUAUACGUAGUCUCUAUAAUCGACUAAUAAAAUACUUUUUUUUAA